AUGGCAGACCCUUAUUCUUUCUUGUCAACGUACCCAAUACAGUCGGGAUUUGUGCUUCUGAUACUGUGUCUGACUAUCUCUCCAGUUAAAUCAAGCACAGCUGAGCCGGAAGUUACUCUUUCACACGGAGGAAAAGUACGCGGAAAGACAGUAGCUGUGACCAUCGGCGGUUCGCCAGUAAACGUGGAUCAUUUUCUCGGAAUUCCGUUUGCUAAACCACCUGUUAACACCUUACGAUUCGCGGAUCCGGUAAAACACCAAGGCUGGUCGGGAACAAAAUACACUGUUUCACUUCCACCGACAUGUUGGCAAUAUUUGUUCCUCGGAUUUGACCAAGCUAAUCCGGGAGCACGCAUGUGGGCAAACAACACGGAAAUGAGCGAGGACUGCCUCUAUUUGAAUGUCUGGAGGCCAACGGGUACUGGCACUACGAAGCUGCCUGUUAUGGUUUGGGUAUACGGUGGAGGUUACACCACCGGUACAUCAACCAUUGAGGUUUAUAACGGACAAUAUUUGGCUGCCAAACACAAAAUUAUUAUUGUGUCGAUGCAAUAUCGUCUGGGUGCGUUCGGGUUUUUACGGAUCGAUCCUUCACCUUCGCGAUUUCGAAAGGGAUUGGACAAAGUGGCUCUGGGCAAUAUGGGGCUGAAAGAUCAAUUGCUAGCGUUGGAAUGGGUGAAGAGUGAGAUUGACUUGUUUGGUGGUGACCCAAGUCAGGUGACUGUGUUCGGGGAGUCCUCCGGUGCAGUGAGUGUAUCCGCCUUGUGGACUUCACCGAAAACCAAGAAUCUAUUCAGACGUGCCAUCGUUCAGUCUGGGGCGAUCAUUUCACGAUGGGGCCUGCACGAUUUGAAAAUGGCCAACCAUCGAGCAGCUGUGUUCUCCAAAGCUUGCAACUGUCCUGAUCCGGCAGCUGAUCCUGCCAUGACUAUCCGAUGCUUGCAGAAAGUGGAUCCCAUGGACCUGGUUAACAAUUUGGAUUCGAUUCACGAAGAUGACGGCGUGCAAAGAAAUAAAACCAUGUGGGAAAAUUUCUUUAAGAAAAUGACCAAAUCUCAACUAGGAAAAGGGGCAUACCCCGGUUGGGCGACCAGUAGUCGUCGCUAUUUCGAGGUACCACUCUCGGCCGUGAUUGACGGUGACUUUUUGCCGACACAUCCAAGAGAGAUUCUGAAAUCACCCCAGAAGUUCCGACCAACUACGGAGCUGCUAAUCGGUGUGAACCAAGAUGAAGCUAUUUACUUUCUUCUUUACGGAUUGUCCAUGGAGAAUACCGUGUUUUUAUCUGAUACGGGCCAAGUUAGUUUGCCGGAAUCUAUAAAAAAAUCAGGACUGCGUGAAGUACUGGGCAGUACUGGUCAAAGAGCUGAUUUUCAGUGGAUCACGGCUUUGGAAAUUCUAGAUCAGAAAUAUCUGCACCCGGAGCUGACCGCUCUACCUGCAGCGUUCUAUAAUCUACCAAUGAUGUUGAACACCAGUACUGGAUAUUCCAACCCCAACAACAUAAAACUAACCGGAGAGGAGGUCAUGAAACGGUUGAGUGAUUUAGCCUCAGAUGUGGACUUUGUCUGUCCCGUUCUGGAAUUUGCUGAUUUGGCCGCAAGACGAUCUGAGGCUAAAGUUUACUUGUAUUAUUUCACACAACCGUCGAGUAAAUUACCAUUUCCGGCAUGGACUGGAGUCAUGCACGGAUAUGAAAUACAUUACGUGUUUGGUAUGCCCCAUUCGACUGAUUUUACAAAAACAUUUUUCGGAUUUACCGAUGAAGAAAUCAAAUUUGGUGAAUUGAUGCAACAGCUCUGGGUGAACUUCGCGAAAACUGGGUAA